UAGGUAUUUCCGUGUAGUGGGUCUUUUAUUUUGACACUGGGUUCUGUCGUGAAUUCACGUGACAGCGACUUUCAGACGGAAACAUGGCUUUUCUUACAGAGGAUCAGUUCACUGCUUUACAGCUGCUUUUAAAGGCUCCGUCUAAAGAUGCAGUUCGGCAGAUCUGCACAGAGAGCUACCCAGCCGGAGCCUCCAAGUGUCAGUCUACAGUAGAAAAAACUGCGAAUGCUCUCUCUGUGUCCAAUAGUGAAGCGAUGCAGUUGCUGACAGCUUUUCACAUGCUCUCGCAUCAUGUUGUGUACCAGAAUUUAACCUCUCCAGAACAGAUCUUGCCAAUUUUCCCAGAAUCAUUCCACUCGAACCUGAAGAAUCUGAUCACCAAAAUUCUUUUGGAAAACAGUGUCACAUGGAGAAAUGAAGCUUUGUCCAGUCAAAUUUCACUGCCAAAGCUGGUGGAUUUGGAGUGGCGAGUGGACAUGAAAACGGCUUCAGACUCCCUGAGUCGUAUGGCUGUGCCAACUUGUCUGUUGCAAAUGAAACUCCAGGACACUCCUUGCAUUAGCGGCGGUCCAAGUGAGUCCACAGUUACAAUGGAGCUGAGCAAAGAGACACUGGACACCAUGAUAGACGGUUUGGGUCGCAUCAGGGACCAGCUGAGUACAGUGGCAAGGAAGUAGAUCUGAAUAAAAGAUGUUGCCCGGACACCUGUCUGUGGACAUACAGACUGAUGGACAUGGGAAAGAUGUCAAAACAAAACAAAAUGGACGUUAAAUAAAAAAAGAAAUGUAUACUAGGUUAACUGAUUCAGUAUGUAAAUGAGUUUGCUCGUUUUGAUUUGUGGUUUGUUUUUCAUUUAUUAAACAUUGUUAUAUGAAAAUUGUCCCUACUAGACAUUUUUCCAUUGCAAAACUACUUUUUAUGGUCAUGGAAAAUAUUCACAGCAAUAAACUGAACAAAAUCCUUA